UGUACAUGGGUUUGUCCAUGAAGUUGGGAUAUCCUCAUUAUGUGCCAGAUCAUGGGGAUUGAAAUGAGUUUUACUUGGUGAAGCACCGACGAGUACCAUGGACGGGUGUUUUAUUAGGAAGACCUAAUGUUGAAGUAUGCUUGAGUAAAAAAUUAAAUACUUUAAUGGCUUGUAAAAUAAAAAAAAAUAGAAAAAACUGUUGGUGUCCAGCAUCAAUUUUUAAUGACGAAGUGUGACAUGCAAAAACACAUUUUUCACACUUUUUUUUCUCGAACAAAAAACAAAUUAAAAAGAAAAAAACGUAGACAGCGUACGGUCUAACAUCGUUUGUCCUUAAUGAAAAACAAAAUAUGUCGGUGUGGUCAGUCAUUUUCAAUAACGGAGUCGGCAAAUUUGCCCCGACCGAUGCUACGCGCGGUGUCCACCAAUAAUUAUAACGUAGCGUCGGUAUUGAUCAUGGAUGUCUGAUUUGUGCAACAGAUUCCACUGAUUUCUUUUAACCCACAAAUAAGGCGAAUGUGUUACAAACGAGGUUUAAUUAAUAAAAUUUCGACAUGCUUGCAAAUUUUCGCUGUACAGCCGAAGGUAUAAUCUGCUUUCCAUGCGGUGUCCACGCGGGAAAAUGUAGCGUCGGUACAAUUUUCGCGAUCCAUCGAAAGAAAUCCUACCCUUUCUGAGAAUGGUUCAGCCCCACACGAACUGCCACGUCACCGAUAAUGUGUGGAACACGGCACUUGGGAGUUUCCACACACGUGGAAACAGGAAUUGGUCUGUGAGUGAAUGGUGUCCUUGCGUAACAUCGGUACAAUUUGUAGCGUCGGUACGUUAAAUUCUCGGCUUUUUGGAGAAAUAAACAACUGAAUUGCUGUUGAUCAAAAUGCCACGGAAAAAAUCGUCACCAAAGCCAUCCACUCCUUUCCAACUUCGGUUGCGGUCUUUCAAGACAUACCAGAGCAAUGCUGAUCAACAUGACGGAAGUAUCAACAGCAAGAAACCUCAUUGGCGCCAACAAAGAAAAAGUGACCCGAAGCAGUACAAAGCACUCUUGCAGUGUGAAGCUGUUGAAGCCAGAGUUAGACGAGCAGAGAAAAUGGAAGACCUAAAUCUUCCUGGAAAUGAGGCCAAAAAAAGAGAGUAUCUAGCUCGUAAUGCGAAGAGGCAGAGAGAAUAUAGAGCAAAGAAAAAGUUACAAAGAGAAGCAGAAGAGAAAAAGAAACAGGCAGAUAAAAGCAAAAAACCUGUGAAAAGGACGAGAGCUGAAAUGGAUAAAGAAGCAAAGCGGAAAGAAAUACAAGCUGCUAAGAAAAGAGAGCAAAGGGCUAGACUAUCAGAUCAAAAGAAACAACAGAUUUUGGAUAGGAGACGCCAGAAGAGACGUGAAGAAAAAGAAGAGUGCAUCAGGCAGCAACAGAUGAUUCAGGAACAGGAGAGAGAAAUUUUGGAAGCACAAGCAGAGAGGAAACGAUUAGAAGAGGAAGAGAAACGAUUAGCGGAAGAGGAGAAACGCUUGCAAGCAGCAUGGCAACAAUUAGAGGACAUGGGACAACAUGAGGAAAGAUCACAAGAUGCAAGACGCCAGAGCCUAAAACGAGCCAGGUCUUCCCUAUCCCAAGAUCCAAAGAUAUAUGCUGAAACAGUCGAAGAUCUUGUGCAAAGAGCAUCCCCAAGGAAGAAGCGUCUUCUUCAUGAGAAGGGCAUCACAACUGAUGUUGCAACAAAAAUCAUCUACACCACUGUGUCACAGAAGAUGAGUAGCCUACGAAAGAGCAGAAAGAAGAAAGACGGCGAGCUGAAGCGUAUCUUCGCGCCAGCACUCCAAAUUGCAAAGAGAUACAGAUGCCAGAAGAGAGUAUGCGAAAAGCUCAAGACAACGGCGAAAACUCUGAAGCUACCCUCUUUCAAGCCACAUGCUCGCCUACUUCCAAACAAGACAAAGCAGACCAUACAAAGAUGCUAUGAGGAAAACUCCAUUACACUUCCAGACAAGAAGUUGAGUAAGAAAACCAAGAAAGCAACUGGAUUCCUGACCAUGACCAUAAGGGCGCUACAUGGAAAAUUUCAGAAAGACAACCCGGAGAUGAAAGUUUGCUUGUCAAAAUUUGCAGACUUGAAACCGGCACACAUCAAGACCCGUCAUUCGAUCACAUACAGAGGCUGUCUGUGUGAAUAUUGUGCGAACAUUGAACUUAAGUUGACAGCAAUCAACAAACUUGCAAACCACUCUCUCUUUGAGAAUAUCUACCAGUUCAGUGAUGCAACAAUGUGUACAAAAAAGCAGGAUCAGAAAUACCACAUUGCCUGCAUCCAGCGGAAAUGUAAGAAUUGCGGGACAUCGCAACUUGAUGUUGCUUUUCAGGAAUUACGAGAAAAGCAUGAAGGCCAUGUAAAUUGGAGGAAAUGGGAGCGUGAAAGCAAAGAAGAGAAAGGGAAGAAGACACACAGAAUGGUAUUGAAUACGAAACAAGGGACACUGGAAGAUUUGUUGGAAGAGUUGAAAGGAGAUGCAAAGUCCAUUUCCCAACAUCUGUUUACGGCAGCAUGGCAAAGUAAUGAGUUCCAACAAAUAUCAAAAUCACCACCUGAUGGCUGGAUUAUCUUGGUUUGCGAUUUUGCAGAGAACUAUUCCUGCAGAUUCCAGGACGAGGUGCAAAGCGUACACUGGGGGCAUGAGUCAGCCACAAUACACCCAGUUAUUUCCUACUACCGAUGUCCAAAUUGCCGUAAGCCCGUCACCGAGUCCUUAAUUAUGAUAACGGCAGACAAUAAUCAUGACCACCACGCUGUUCAUCAGUUUACAGCACUGGCCAUCAACCAUCUAAAGAAAAAACUGGGAGACAUCAAGAAGAUUGUCAGGUUUUCUGAUGGUGCGGGAAGUCAAUACAAAUCUCGCAGUCCAUUUCUGGACAUUUCAUAUGGAAAGGAAGACUACUGUACUGCAUUCCAACAUGAGUACUUUGGUUCACGUCAUGGCAAAGGGCCAAGUGACGGCGAAAGUGGUGUAGUAAAGCGACUUGCUACAGAUGCAGUGAUGUCUGGCUCUGAAGUUAUUGCAAAUGCCCGAGACCUGUACAAGUUCAUUGAUCGCACAGCAACUCUGCCCAAAGAAGGAAUGGGUGAGGAUGGCGAUUGCAUACAUUUCUUCAGAAAAGCAUUUUGGCUGGAAUCCAUAGACCGAAAAAGAGAUCGCCAUGCGAGAAAGACGGUGGCAGGUACCAGACAAUUUCAUAGCAUUCUCUCCAUCAAACCGAAUGUCAUCGGUGUCCGCAAGCUGUCCUGUUUUUGCAAAGCAUGCAGUGAAGACACAGGUUCAUGCACCAACACAGAAUAUGUUCAACCCUAUGUCAUCACUACCAUGGUGGGUGGAGCUGCUGGAGCCCAUACUACAUCACGUGAAAACGUAAUGCCAGAAACUGAGCCUACCAAUCCAAAUGCAACUACCACGGCGACCAAUCCAGACGCAACUACCAUGGCGACCAACCCAGAUGCGACUACCGAGGCGGCCAAUCCAGACACGACUACCGAGGCGACCAACCCAGACGCGACUACCGAUGCGACCAACCCAGAUGCGACUACCGAGGCAACCAACUCAGAUUCCAUGGCUUCGAAUCCAGUUCCCUCCACUGAUGCAGAGUUGGACUACAAAGUUGGUGACUAUGUGGCCGUCAUCUAUGACGAUGCUUGGUGGGCAGGUGAAGUGACGGAUGUCAACGGCAGCAUGUGUCACGUCAACUUCCUUACACAGAAAGGCCCAAAUAAGUUCUGCUGGCCAACACAGAAAGAUGAUGCAUGGGUUGCUAAGACUGGGAUUUUCAGACGGUUGCCUUGUCCACCUGCCCCUGUGACAUCUCGUUACCUUGGAUUUGACACACAACUAGUCAAAGAUAUCUCAUUGGCUUUGGCAACAUACCUAGAGAAAUGCACAAAGUGAUAUAUCUGGUUAACAAUCACAUGUGAAGUAUAUUGAAGCUGCAUGGUAAUUUCUGGGCUAUUGAUUUCCAUAUUAUUUUGAAGGCUGGUAUAUGUUUCAUGUCAAAUUUUCCUUUUAAACGUGUUCAAUUUUAAUGGUGCUACUGCAGGUAUACAUGGAACACUUUUUAGUUCGCCAUCCUUUCCUUAACUUAAUCAUUGAAUGUGACUGAACUUGUGGCAUUAGAGUGUAUUUUAAUGUGUGCUUAAAUGUAGGUUAAUUUAUACUAAUUUGUAAGCCAAAGUAAUUGCCAUUUGUGUCCACAGGGUAUUCACAGUAACAACAGAGGUGCAUCCACACAUGCUGAGAAAGAGUUGACGUUUUCUGCAAAAUAGUGCAAAAAUUAACACAAAUGAAAUGAUUGAAGAGACAAUUCAAUCAAUUGGGUUAUGGACAUGGUGUCCGUGUAGCUGCGUAGAUGCUAUGUGGACGGUGUCCACGUAGCAUAGGUAAUGCAUGCUUAGGAUUAUACAAUAUGGCGGUGUAUCAGUAGUUUUAGAUAUUAUAGAUGAUUUUAAAGAAUGCUGUAACUUAAUUGCAAAUGUACAUCAUUAUUAAGGACAGUGUGGGUUGUAACCUGCUCCAUUUACACAGCUACUUAACUUCUCAAGCUUCUGUACUACAUGUAAUGCUUACAUUGUGUUUUAGGAUGAUGAUGAACACUGGUUAUUUCAGUGAUGCGGUGAUAAAAAUUACCAAUGAAUUCUAGUCUGUUGUGUCUAGUAUUUUAAGACACAGUUCAAAGAUUACCUGGGUUUAAUGCUAGAAAGGACAAGUCUGACAAAUCUGCCUAUGCUACAUGGACACGGUGUCCAUGUAGCAUAGGUAACCAGAUUGCACACCCAUGGGAACACAAAUACUAGAUUAGAUUCAGUUCUUGCCUUGUAUCACAUUUAUUUUCAGUAUUCUAACAAUGUUCCAGACGUAAAAUUUAUUGAAAUAUGUUCUUGAUAAAUGAGUAGUAAAAACUUUUAAUGAAUACAGUCGUGUUUCAUCAAAUAAACUACACUUACUUGAA